AAUACGACAAUAUUUUCAUAUGACUCAGUCAUAUUAUAAAACCUGAUGUACAUCUGAUAUAAAUAAAAGCAUACUGUUAAUAAUUUUAAGUGUGGUUAAAGUGUAAACAUAAUGUCAAACCCUAUAGGUACGUUACAAGAGUUAACCGUAAAAAUGGGUAUUGGUAUACCCACUUAUACGUAUGAUAAUAUAACAGAACCAUCUUCACCAAGUCAGUUUAAAUGCUAUGGUUCUUGCAACGGAAUUGUAUUUACAUCAAUCGCAGGCUCCAAGAAAGUUGCGAAAACCAACACUGCAACGCAAAUACUUAACUAUAUCAGAUCCAGAUCGUUUCGUUUCGUGGAAAGCAAUCCGACGCCAAUAAAUGAUACGAAAAUAGCAAUUGGUUUACUUCAUAACAAUACUGUUGAUAAUGACUUGGCAAAUUCAAUACCAAUAAACAAUACUAAAAACGCAAUUAGUUUACUUCAAGAGUAUACUGUUCAACAUGGCUUGGCAUAUCCGAAGUACGAGUUUACAGAUUUAACGCAACCCUCGUCCCCCAGCCAAUUCGAGUGUUACGGGAUUUGCGCUAACAAUGUAACAUCUCGAGUGAUCACGACUUCCAAAGCCAGUGCAAAAUUAAAAGUCGCAGAAAAUAUGUACAGGCAGCUGCAGUCGGAACACACAUCUUGCAGUAAUUCCAUAAGCAAUAGCAAUACAUCUACAACGAACGAGUUUCAAGAAUUACCUUCACCGAAAAUAGUUACCAAAUCCAUCGAUCUAAACAACAUUACGAAUGCCAUCGGAUAUCUGCAAGAAUAUACCGUAAAAAAUAACAUACCAAUGCCGCAAUACUAUUUUAAACAAAUAAGUGUAUCGUCGGCCUGCAUCAAGUUCGAAUGUAUUGCAACUUGCGGAUCUAUUAAAGUCAGCGAAACAUCUACAAACAAAAAGGACGCUAAGCUUCAAGCGGCGCAGGCUGUCUUAAGUAAAUUACUGAAUAUACCCUUCCCGCUAGGCGAAUCCUGCUAUUGUUCAAAUCUUAGUGACAUCGACGGCAUUUCGAACACCGAGUAUUCCGAUAGUGGCUCUGACUUAGAUAAUAUAUUCAAGUCUGGGGUCACCAUUGAAAAGGAUGCGAUCAGUAAAGUCAACGAAUACUGUGCACAAAACCGAAUGGAAUAUGCACGAUACAAUCCGAUGGGGAGCAAAGAUGGGAAGUUCCGUAUUCAAUGUGCGCUAGAAAACCUGGUGACGGAAGGAUUAGGUACCACUAAGAAAGUGGCAAAGAAGAACGCCGCCGAGAAGAUGUUGGAAUUGAUUCAAGACAGCGAUCCGCAUAAAAUGAAGAUUUCUAAGGAAAGCUCCAGCGACGAUGAAAUUAUCGCCAAAUUUUCGGAAUUAAGCUUCAAUAUCGGGACGGGGAAUUUUCUACCGCCGCCCGAGGAUCGUGUUUAUAAAAAAAUCGAUGAAUAUUCUACGAAGAGUGAAAUCAUCGAAGAGCCGUUGGAAAUUAAGAAAGAAAUUGUGGAAAAUGCCACAACUUCUUCACCUAACACUUCUGUUAUCGAUUAUGUUGCAGAAAUUAAAAGGAUGUCAAAAGAAAUAAAUAAUUUGGGUGUCGAAUACGAGAUAACACAGGUGUGUAAUGAUCCCUGCGUUAUGUACUUUAGCUACAUUAAAUCAGGAAAGCCUUCAUUGUCCACCUUGCAAACGGGCAGCAAUUCAUUAAUACUCAAAUAUAAAUUGCUUGAUAAUGAAUUAAAGAAUAUAAAAAGAGAUGGUAAAUUAGACAUAGAUUAAUAUAUGUGUUGCUAUAUUUUUAAUAUAAUAUUCAAAUAUAGUAAAUUCGGGUACAUUUUUUUGGGUCUAUAUCGCAAGC